AAAUCGUUUCUUAAAUCAUUCAUCAUUUUAUUUGUUCUUAUGGAAUGUUUAUUAUUUUUUCAAUCCGAAAGUCAUUUGAAUAACACCAUAUUAAAACCUUAUAAGAAAUCAGUUUCCGUAUCUAAACUUACAAACGUUCAAAAUGAAAAUUUGCAUCAUGAAACACAAACAUCUGUUAUUAUGAAUGAUGAAGAUAAAGAUGAAAAAAAUGAAAAACAAAAUAGAAUGAAUCGUCAAGGACCAAAAAUAUGGGAUCAAUGGGGAAACUGGUCAAGUUGUAGUGUUACUUGUGGUAUAGGGAAACUAACAAGAUGGAGGCAUUGCAUAGGUGGAAGUUGUUCAUUAGGUGAAAAGAAAGCACAAUUAAAGACUUGUACUCUUCCAGCAUGUUAAUGGCUAGAUUUGUAAAAUAUUAAAAUUAGUAAAAUAUAUCAAAUUCAUAAAAUCAUUUUAUAUUUAUUAUUAAAUUCAAAUUAUAAUGAUAUUUUAUUUGUUAAUGAAUGUAUUUGUUUGUAAUAUUUU